GAUUUGCUAAAAGCGCUACUAAGUUAUUUGAAAUUUUGCUCUGUCGUCGCUGUAACCGUGCAUGAAGAUCGAUCUCUAAAACCAAAAAAAAAAAAAUGUGAGAGUAAAAAAAGCAGUGACGUCUGCAUUGUGAUUGUAAUUUUCCAAGCGCUGGAUAUAUCUAUUUAAUUAACACAAUGCUGUGAUGGCGGAGAUGACAUCGGGAGACCUUUCCUUGACCAGCACAAGCAGUCAAGAAGAAGAGAGUUCGGAGUAUGUGGGCUACGACAGCACACUCCGCGCGCCAUCCAAUUCCAGCACAGCGGCCACAAAUAUGGCCAACAAUAAUGGGGCCGGCAAUGUGGUGAAUAGCAACGUAAGCAGCGGAAAUGCUGCAAAAUAUAUGUUGGAUCUCAACACACUCCGACACCAGCACUCAGAUAUGGAGCGUCGUUAUUAUUACGUGUCUGAUCGUAAUAAGUUUACGGAUAUUGCGGCCGAAAACGCACGCUUAAAACAAGACAAUAAACUGUUGGAACACAAGGUUCUGCUGUUAGAGAAUCAAAAUGGGAAUGCCCCGCCAGCCAGCAGCAAUGCCUUCUACUUUAACAAGCCACCAUGUGACGGAAGUUGCAGCGACAAGCUGGCCGAGCUCAAAAAAGAGCGAAAUAUGUGGGUGGUCGAGCGCGAGAAAUAUAAGAAGUCAUACAUUGAGUUGGAAAAGGAGCGCAACUUCUAUCGCGAUCGGGGCGAUGAGAUUCAGACGUUGAAAGUUAUGCUCUCCAAGGAAAACAAAAAUGUUGUAUCCUUAACCGAAGAACUGAAUCAGUUGCUAUCAGAGAAGGACAAUGUAUUGCAAGAGCAUCAGAAGAUGUCCGAUGAUUUGGCAUUGGCUAACAAGGAAAUCGAACGGCUUAAAAAGGACGAACUAAUUUGCAAAAGCGAAAUCAAAUCAUUGCAGCUGGCCAAUGCGGAUCUGAAAAAGCGCGAUUUGCUUAAGUCGCGUGAAAGCUCUUGGUCAAAGGAGUUUUCGGACAGUAAGGAUGAAGGUAAGGAGUUGGAGAAACUCCGCAAGAAUCUGGAAAAAGCUCUGUCCGAGGUGGACCGUGCCGUGCAGGAUGCCGAGGAGGCGAAGCGCGUGCGGGACUGGGCGAUAUCGCAGAGGGAGAAAAUCGUGCAGGAGCGUGAUUCUGUGAAAACGCUUUGCGAUAAUCUGCGCAAGGAGCGUGACAAAGCUAUAUCCGAUCUACUGCUCGCGAUACGGGACAGCGAGAAAAUUAAGAAGCAAAAGGACGAAGCUCAAAAGAAGAUCGAUCUGCUAAAGGAGCAGAUCGAGAACCAGAACCUAGACAGUGCCUCGCGCCGCAGCUUCCGCAUGAGUAGCUAUGAGGCCGUCGACAUGUUUGAAAUAGAGCUCUCCAACUAUCAUGACGCCGAUCUGGGCAUAAUUCUGGACGACACUAACAAACGGCAGCUUGUCUGUGGCGUCACCAACAGUUCUCCAGCCUUUGGUAAGCUCAAGAUAAACGAUGUCAUUUGUAAAGUCAACAAUCUUGACUGUCAGGCGUUGAGCAAACGAAUGGUGCUCGACGAAAUACGGGCUAGUGCGCCGCGUAGUUUGCUGCUUGUGUCCCGCACCCGUUACAGCAAGCGCCAUGCCUACUCAGUACAUCUGAACAUGCGCGACAAUGCGAACCACGGCCUGCAGCUUGACAUGGGCGUUUUCAUAGCCAAGAUCGAGAAGAACUCGCUGGCCUCCUAUGAGCCGGAGCUCGAUGUAGGUGACCGCGUUCUGAGCAUCAACAACAAGUCUAUGGACUCGGUGCAGUCCAUCGAUGAGGUGAUGCAGUUGUUGAACGAUACUCGGAAUGAGACCGUCUCAAUUUUUGCACUCAAGUACGUGCAAAAUCAGUUGGGUGGCUAUGGCGAGGGCCAGAAUCGUAUGACCACCUCAUACGCCCAAACAGAUUCCAUAGAUUCAAUGCAGCACGUGAGUAACAGUGGUAGUGCCAAACAUCCGUCGAAGUUCGCCGACUUUCUGCGUAAGCUGAAGUUUAGCAAGCCGGGCACCACUGACGACAGUUUCGAACAGGAGCAUGACGAUGCCAUCGCCGCCCUGGAUUCAGUGCUGAGCGAAAACAGCUCAGAGAAAAGCAAGGAGAAUCUCUUUAAGAACAAGAAGCGCACCAAAAAAGAGAAGGAGGAUGCCGGCAAGAGUAUGGGUACUUGGCCGCGUACCAACAUAUCGCAUGAGAGUGCCACCGGCACCAUUGUACAGCGCAGUGAGAAGAAGCGCGCCUUAAUGUCGCUCUUCAGCGCGGGUCCUAUUAAUGUAGACAGGGACGACGACAUUGGAGACAAGGAGGAGCCGCCUCCGUUACCUCCGCAGCUCUCCAAGCCGCUGGCACACAUACGCCAUAAUGGCAAUGGCAGCGCCAUUAAGUCGCAUCCAAAUCGUAACUCCAAUCCGGUCAGCUCAGCAGCUUCAACACUAUUUCAGCCCAACCCCAACAACAGCAGUAACGCCACCAAUAGCAGCGCCGCGGGCGGUGGCGCCAGCUAUCCUCGCCAUUCGUUAUAUGCCACAGCGGAUAUGCUGCCCGAUCCUCACAAACCCUUGCAGCGUCCGGCACCCCUCAUGGGCGCCAAUGCACGCAUUAAGCUGCCUUCCAAUGAACGUUAUGGCGCCGCCCGUCCGCACAACUCACAUCGCUUCUCGUUGAACAUCACACCAGCCGGCGAUUUUUAUCAGCCCAAAACCAGCGGCCAGCAGGCGCAGCAGCAGGUGAUGAACAAUACGACUCCUGGAUCCGUGGCUAGCGAAUUCUCAGCACGGAAGCAGCAAAUGUUUGACAUGUUCCAGCAGCAGCAGCCGGCGCCACCGCCAAAAGCGAAUGCCGUCUUCAUGCCGUUGAGUGCGGUCCACGCCAAUUCAAGAGGUUCCGCCGGCAACCAGCCGGGUAGCGCCCACUCCGAUGUUAUUUCGCUAAAGUCGCAAAACUCCAUCGAAUCUAUACUCUCCGCCAAGAGUCCACCCAUUAGCGAGUACUCGGUGCUCUCGAUGUACCCGAAGCGUAUCGUGCCCAUGCCGCAGGCGGUGAAGCACGUGCCCAAGUAUCCCAGCGAUAGUGAGAGCAUUGGCUCCGGGGUUGGCAGCAAUUAUACGCAGCAUGCUCUAUCGCACAUGCCAGGUAAUCGGCAUACACUUUUUCCCAGCUUCGGACCAUCCAACCAUCCAAGCCAUGGGAUACGUUAUAUGCGGCGUUCUAGCCCAUUGACUCUACCCUCACCUCCACCCCUGGCUCCCGCAACACCGCAUGAUACGCAGAGUGGCAGCAACGCCAUUGGCAUACCAACCGAUCUGGAAUUUGUGUCACCGUCGGCUAUUAAUAGCCACAGCCAGGGUCAUGGUCAUGGGCUUGGCCAUCAGCAUCCGUCCAAUCAGCAUACACAUCCGAGUUAUCUGAGCGACUACGCCCAUCCGCAUUAUCCGUACGGUCUGACCAGCAUGGGCGGCAUGGGAGUGGGCAGCACGAACGUCACGGGCGUCAUCUACGAGGGCGGCACCUUUCCGCGCAAAAAGGAUAACCAGCGUCUUCGCAUACCCUCCAAUCCGAGCGUCGCCAGCAAGAACACCAACAUGGUGAAGAAUAGCUCCGGUUCCAUUGACCAUCAGUAUGCGUCAUCGGGUAUGGUGCCCGCGGACCGGCCGACAGCCGCCGCAAUGAUGUCAUCGGUACCCUCGCCCCUAAUCCAUGCCAGCUUCGGAGCCAAUGGCGGUGGCAGCGGACGGGGCUCCCCUAUGCCGCAGGUGCACGUCGAGGUGCUCAGCCAUGGCGGCAGUAAACGGAACGCAAAUGUGCCGGCGGAUUUUUUGUGCCCUGGAGACCUUAGAAGAGUCACGAUCGACAAGAGCGACAAGUCGCUCGGCAUCACCAUUCAGUGCAAUAACAACGGAGGUGGUAUUUUUGUAUCUACUGUAGCCGACAAGAGUACUGCCAUGCGUGCGGGUCUUCAGGUGGGCGACCAACUCUUAGAAGUUUGCGGCAUCAAUAUGCGUGCGGCUACAAACGACAUUGCUGCCAAUGUGCUACGCCAGUGCGGUAACUCCAUCACGAUGCUCGUGCAGUACAAUCCGGAAAAAUUUCACUCGGCGGAAUACGAGGGCACAAACAAUCUGGAACCAGAAUCUUCAGUGAAUCAUUCUGGUUCACCGACACCACGCAAUUCUCCCCGUCCGCCUGCCCGUAAUGCACUCCUGGCCCUGCCUCCCAAUGCGGAAAGUACGGAAAGAGCGUCGAGUAAUCUGCUCCCGCAGAGCAAUUCGCUGCUCUCACAUCAGUCCAUUAAGGAUCAAAGCUUCACCGACAGUCUCGAAAAUCAGUCGGACAUAAGUAGCAACCAGGACAUACACUCUUCCACGACCACAGCCUCGGACAUAAAGCCGACGUCGACCAGCGAAACGCUUCGCUAUGUAACGCUUCACAUGGAUAAGUCAAAAAACCUGGGUAUCAAGCUCUUUGGUGGCAACCAAGUUGGUAUUUUUGUGCAUGAUGUGGCGGCCGGUUCGCCCUCCGACCACGCGGGCAUACGCAAAGGAGACCAGAUCCUGGAUUACAACGGCGUCGAUUUGCGUGGCGUCACAGCUGAGCAGGCAGCCAACGAAAUUUCCAAGCUCACUGAUACCGUAACAAUGCUAGUGCAGAACAAAUUGCAGACACUAAAACAGAUAUGGGAUAAACCCGGCGAUUCGUUUUAUAUACGCGUGGGCUUCGACCGCACCGGAGAGCUGACCGAAGACGAUUUGCGUUUUGUCAAGGACGAGGUGCUUUAUGUGGACAACACAGUGUUCAAUGGCACCUUUGGCUUGUGGCGCGCCUGGAAGCUAGACGCAAUGGGCCAUCGAAAGGAGUGCGGCAUCAUACCAAGCCAAAUGAAGGUUGAGGAGGAGCUGCGUUCCGGAGAAGUGGUCGACUGUGAUACUGGAACGGCAAGGCGUGGCAGCACCUCGGCGCGUCGCUCCUUUUUCCGCCGCAAGAAGAACCAACGCAGCUCAUCCCGUGAUUCCACAGAGAUCGCUAGCUUCAGCAACACACAGCUAAGCUUUUUUCCCGACUCGGGCAUCUUGAACGAUGAUGGGGGUGUGCUGAGUUACCAGCGCGUCGAAUUAUUGGACUCACCUAUACGCCGCCCAGUGCUCAUUAUCGGCCCGCUUUCGGAAUGCGUAAUGGAUCGCUUGAAAAUCGACUUCUCCAAUCUUUUUAAACUGUGCGAGGUAACGGCCAUGGAUUGUUCGCAGGAGGCCAUGGAGGAGGGGCUCAAAGAGAACAUUUUCGUUGACUAUCGACGGCGAGGCAACAAAUUCGAGUGCACUACCGUGGAGGCUAUCAGCAAUGCCUGCAAGAAUGAUCGGCGCCACUGUUUACUGGAUGUGUCCAUUUCAGCCGUGGAACGACUGCAGCGUUUGCAAAUCUAUCCAAUUGUGCUGCUCUUGCGCUUUAAGUCGGCAAAGCAAAUACGGGACAUACGUGAUUUCGGAAUUGACAAAAUAUCCCCCAAGGCCGCCAAGGAGAUGUAUGAAAGAGCGCUGAAGCUAGAGUUCGACUACAAGCAGUAUAUUUCGGCUGUCAUACCCGGCGUUAGUAUCAAGCAUAUGUGCACGCAGAUCAAGGAUGCUGUCGAUAAGGAGCAGGACAAGUUGCUUUGGGUACCAACAUCGAAUGCAUAGAUGAUGGACUAAUCCCUGAGCAAUAAAAUAUAGUAGAUAAACUCCUUUGCGUUUGGUACUUGGAGGCCAAUCUUUCAAUGUUAUUUAUCAGUUUCGUCUUAAAGUAUUUAUUGCUAGCUGGCCCGGACGGUGUGUCUAGAUUUUGUUUUCUAUUCGCUUCUAUUAAUUUCAUUAACCAAAUUAGACUAAGCUGUGUGUGUUUUGAAGCGCGGAAACAGAUUAGACCCAAAAUUGUAAAAUGCUUAGCUUAUGCACCUUAUUUGGUUUAAAAGUAUUGAAACAUUUUUUUGAUAACUUUUUAUAUACAACACCUUUUAAGCUUCACAUUAAAAACCACGAGCUUUACUCACCAUGUGCCUUCAAUUACCUAUAUAUGUACAUAUUUACAAAUAUGUAGCGAAACAUACUUACGUGUGUAUGUAGGAGAGGGAGUUACAUCGUUUGAGAUUUAAUUGAGUGUUAAUUGCCUUUAUUCGUCAAAAAUUGGAAUUAAGAGUUAUUUAAUCAAUGCUAUCACUAGCCUUAAAUUGUAUUUUUGUGAAAACUGCAAAUUGUCGUGUCUUCUAAAGAAUAAACUGCUGCAGUAAGUUCACGCAGAAAGUAUA